AUGCCAUCUAUCCGGAAAUUGAGGUGUCAGGUUGUUGCAUUGUCCCCUAGAGUUUUAUUUUCGUUACUUUCUGAUAGGGGACAUGAGUCUAGGACUAGGGUAUCCAGAUGCCGAAUGCUAGGUUCUUGGAGCUGCAGGCCUGUCUAUGAGUUUGUUGAGUCCUCUUUGACCAGCCUAAAUGGUCCAACUAUUGUUGUAGGAAUCCAGGAUGGGUUCGAUCUUCAAAGGGAUUCUUUUUCAACUCUGGCUGGAACAAUCUUGGUCCAGGCUCGAGACCCAGCUAAAUUAUGCAUGGAAAUAGGGAAUGCAAUCGAUGAGCAUAGAUAUAAUGAUGCAUGGAAGUUAUUUGAACAGCAUAUGCAUAUGGAUGGGUUUCCUCGAAAGUCCAUUGUGAAUAAGCUUCUUGUAAGUUAUGCCACAAGCCUUGAUGUUCAGUGGCUUGAGAAGGCAUAUGGGUUGGUAGAACAGGCUAUUGAGGAAGGUAAGCAGAAUCAGCUGGAGAAGGAGCCUUUGAUUUAUCUCUCUUUUGCUCUUGCCAAAUGUGAUUUGCCAGUUCCAGCAUCAACGGUCCUGAGAAAGUUGAUACAAAUGGAACAAUAUCCACCGGUGACUGCUUGGUCUGCAAUCUUGGCUCGUAUGUCGCUCGCAGCUCCUGGAGCUUACCUUGCUGCUGAGUUGAUCCUUGAGAUAGGUUACUUGUUCCAAGAUGGUAGGGUGGACCCGCGUAAAAAGAUUAAUGCACCUUUGAUUGCCAUGAAGCCUAAUACUAGUGCUGUGAACAUUGCUUUGACUGGAUGUCUCUUGUUUGGAACAACGAGGAAAGCAGAGCAGCUUCUUGACAUGAUGCCACGAAUUGGCAUCAGAGCCGACACAAAUUUAUUGAUCAUAAUGGCACAUAUAUUUGAGAGGAAUGGGAGAAGAGAAGAACUUAGAAAACUUCAGAGACAUAUAGAUGAAUCCCAUAGUUUAACUGAUACUCAAUUUCGGCAGUUCUAUAAUUGUUUACUAACAUGCCACUUGAAAUUUGGGGAUCUUGAUGCUGCUUCCAACAUGGUUUUGAUAAUGCUUCGGAAAGCAAAGGAAGCACGGAAUUCCUUUGCUACAGCUGCGCUUUUGUUCCCAAAUGAAAAGAAGUCCUCUCCAGGCCCAGUUUCUCUGGAAAGUUUGAACCACAAAGAAUUAGGAGGUUUAGGGAACAAUAUAUCAAACAAAGAUCCUGUGAUUUCUUAUGAAGAUUUCUCUAGAGACCGAAAGUUCUUGAAACUUGACACUGAGGCAAAGAAAGUACUCAAUACUCUGUUAGCAAAGUUGCAGAUGCAAGUUGAAUUGAUUACAACUGAACGUGGUAUUCUCCAGCCAACUGAAAAAAUUUAUGUUAAGCUGGUUAAAGCUUUUCUAGAAGCUGGCAAGACCCAGGAGUUGGCUGCAUUUCUCAUCAAGGCAGAGAAAGAAGAUUCUCCAGCUUCCAAUGACGAUUCAACUUUGGUUCAUGUCAUCAAUUCAUGCAUCUCCCUUGGGUGGCUAGAUCAGGCACAUGACCUUCUAGAUGAGAUGCGUUUGGCUGGGAUCAGAACCAGUUCUUCUGUCUACGGUUCACUAUUAAAAGCAUAUUGUAAAGCAAACCGAACAGGAGAGGUCACUGCACUUCUACGAGAUGCACGUAGAGCAGGGAUCCAGCUAGACUCUAGCAGUUACAAUGCAUUGAUCGAGUCCCGAGUGAUUCAAAAAGAUACUAAGGAAGCACUCCAUCUGUUUAAGGAGAUGAAAAGUGCUAAGAUACCAAGAACUGGCCAUCAGGAAUUUGAGAUGUUGGUUAAGGGAUGUGCGGAGGGUGGUGAAGCUGGGUUGAUGGCAAAGCUCUUGCGGGAAAUCACGGAAGGGCAGGCUGUAGAUUCUGGAGUUCAUGAUUGGAAUAAUGUGAUCCACUUUUUCUGCAAGAAGAGACUGAUGCAAGAUGCCGAAAAGGCUUUGAAGAAGAUGAGGAGUCUGGGGCAUGCCCCAAAUGCUCAAACUUUUCAUUCCAUGGUAACUGGAUACGCUGCCAUUGGGGGAAAAUAUAUAGAGGUGACGGAGCUUUGGGGCGAAAUGAAAUCUAUUGCUUCAGCCACCUCAAUGAAGUUUGACCAGGAACUCCUGGAUUCAGUACUUUAUACAUUUGUGAGAGGUGGAUUUUUUACUCGAGCAAAUGAAGUUGUAGAUAUGAUGGAGAAAGGGAAAAUGUUCAUUGACAAGUACAAGUAUCGAACCCUCUUCUUGAAGUACCAUAAAACACUUUAUAAGGGAAAAGCUCCCAAAAUCCAGACAGAAACUCAACUAAAAAAGAGGGAAGCUGCAUUGAACUUUAAGGAGUGGUUGGGCCUAAAUUGA